GCCCCGUUGCCGUCAACUGGUCAGUCUUUUCUCCAGCCGAGUCUCCCGCUCAGGGCGAGCUGCAGCCUCGGUGACAGAGCACCCACCUUCCUGUCAAACUCCACCCUCCACAACGUGGGUCGCCGGCAUGCAGCCAUCAGCCCCCAGUCUUCCCUGGACAGCGAGGUGGGUGUGUCAGAGCUGGAGGAUGACACCAUCUCUAUGAGCUACAAACUGCAGGACAUGACAGAUGUGGAGGUCAUGGCACGACUUCAGGAGGAGAGUCUCCGACAGGACUAUGCCUCUACCUCAGCCACAGCCACAGCCAGCCGUCGCAGCUCCAGCUUCUCCUUACACUCCCUGAGGCGCAGUGAGAUGGAUCUGGAGGAGGAGGACGAGGAGGACGAGGGGUACGACCAGCUCCCUCCCCCCCAGCCUCGACUGUUCCGCACAGGGUCUAUGCAGAGGGGCAGCCUGCCCCACUCUCACACCUUCUCCAGUAUCAGAGACUGCCGACGCAGCUCGACCACCCCUCAGUUUUCACUCAGUGGACUCUCCCAGUACUCUGGGCCCUCCAGCCUGACCACAGAAACACACGCAGCAUACAGGAAUAGCACAGACAAGCUACGGAGAAGCAUGCCAAACUUGAUCCGAGCUCCCAGCAUGCCCAGUGUUCCCAGUAUUCCAUGUCUGGCUUCCCCCGUCAACCCACCCUCCCACGGCCCCUCCUCCUUACCAACGAUAUCCUCCCUCCGGAGCAGCCAGAGCUUUGACUCAUCCAGUGGGCUCGCACGACUCCAGUCCUCCAUUCCUUCCCCAGGCCAGCUCACUCAACGAGUCCAGAGCGUGGCGAACUUCCCCACCACUCCCCGGCACCCACUAAAAGCCACAGCUUACGUCAGCCCCACAGUGCAGCAGGGCCCCACCUCCACCUCUCUGUCCACCUCUGUCAGUCUGCACUCCAUCCCGAGCAACAUCGCACUGCCUCAGCCCCUGAAACCCAGCAGCAGUCUGGUACCACAGCCCCUAAAAGCCAGCGCCAACCAGCCAGCUGUCCCCCGCAGCUCCCUUCCUCGCCCAGCCUCCUUUGUAGGGACGAGUGGAGUUCCACGUGCGAGCAAAAUCACCCCACCCACCCGCAGUUUGCUGACUCCCCCAAAGAGCCUGGCUGCCCUGAGUGCCCUGAGGGAUGGCAGCUGGAAAGAUGGCUGCUACUGA